UCAAAAUGAUGGCAUCUCUUCUGGUGGUUGUGCUGGCUUUCUGUGCCGUUCAUUGUAAUGGAUUCUUAUUCGGACAUGACGGCACCUGGGAUAACCUUAGAGUUACAUGGGGAAUAAACCCAUUCAGUAGUACGAGCUUUGCAGCUAUGCCACUAACAGAGGCCGAUGCUAAAGCUAAGGGAUUUCAGAAGAUAUCAGAUUGUGGAGAUUCUAGUGGAUUACAUGGUCGUCGAUAUGUCAAAGAUAACGAUAUGGCUCUUAUUUUGAUAUAUGACGUACAGGGAUAUAUUGCUGGAAUUUCUGCUGCGGUCUCAAAUAGUCUUGCAAAUGGAUGGCCAUCAACAUUCCUGAAGAAUCAUCCAUUUGUACUGUCAGGCAACAACUACCAUAUUUCCGCAUAUUUCGUUAACCCUGCCAUUAUUUGUACGUCUGGCAGAUCAGCAGCUGAAUAUAAGCAACAGGGAGUUGGAACUGACCUUUACAUUCAGAACGGAACAGACCCGAUUGCAAACUCGAUCAAAAUCCCCCACCAACAGAGUGAUAUAUCUUCCACUCAAUGGACAGAGGGAAAAUGCUUUCCGUCAAUGGGUAAACACUAUUGGUUCAACGUCAGGAAAGAUAUGAGUUGUGAUGAAUUUUGGCCAGUGUUUUUAUUGUAUAAUGGCGGUAAACUCAAUGCAUUUGGUUGGGCUAUGCAAGCAGAUCUAACUUCACCUAGAGUUGAACAUCCACCAAAGUCAACAAUAUCUGCAUUCAUGAACCCACCACCAGACUGCAUCUACAAAACUGGAACAUUAUCUACAUUACAUAUUUACCUGACCAACAACCCAGCUUUGGAUACAUGCUAAAGAGGAUUCACUUAAUAACAAAACUAUAUAAAAGCGGGUAUAAGACAUUUUUGUAAUAUAUCAUUAUAUUAUAUUAAAAAUGAAAAAAAAUUCUUUUGA